AAGUCAACACUUCUUGAGUGUGUAACAGUAGUCCCUUUCUUUUCUUCUUAUAUCCUUCUUUAAUCAGCAAACAUGAAGUUCGUUGUUGCCGUAGUCAUGUUGGCUCUCGCCGUUGGUGUACACUCAUCCUUAUUGACUGCUCAGAUCGCACCGGGCGUGUCAUAUGUGACCCCGGGACUUGGUCCAUUGCACGCACCUGGUCUUGGACUUGGACUUGGUUCAUGGGGCUUACCAGCUGCCAUUAGCGCACACGGUCUUUGGGGUGGCAUUCCCGGCAUCUCUCUUAGUCAAGGACCUGGCGCUGCUAUUGCUGCUCCUAUUGCUGUUUCCCAUGCUUUGGGCACAGGUCCAGGUGUUUAUGUGGCGAAGACUCGUGGUGCCAUUCACACCGCCCCAUUGGCCGGACAUAUCAACUCGGCGACUUCUCUGAAUUUGGCACCAGCUCCAGGCACAUUGUAAGCGUUUCGGCGUCAUCGAUUCACCUCGUUGGAGAAUAAAUCGUCACAACAACGACAUAAAAUACAAUAACAACUAUUUGAUGACACCGAUGCCAAACGAGGAAUGCAACCGCACGAUGUAUUCUACUUGUAUCGAAACUCCGUUUUAAGUAAUCCGUUAUCCGUUAUCUGCCAUCUACUAUCCGCUAUCACAACCGCAACUUACACCCUGACCCGCAACCGACCUGAUGUGCAACUCAUAAUGUCUACAGCAUAUCUAUGUUUUUUAUAUUAAAUAAUAUACUAUGUACCUUGUACACACAUA